UCUCUUCAUAUUUAUCACUUCAUUUUUUUUUUCUCUAUAUCAUUCUAGUAGCCUGUAUUAAUUUAUUUUUUUUCAUUUUCAUGUCGGUUUAUCAAUAUCUUCUUAUUUAAACCUUAGCUAAACUUUAAGUUCUCCUAGUGUACUCCUUUUUGGUGCCUUAGAGUUGUGCUUAUUAGUGAAGUAUAGUAAGGUUUCUUUAAUUUUUUUUCUUCUAAUUUGAGGAGAAAAAAAAACUCUAUUUAGCUAGUUUUUGCCAUUUUAGUAUCUGGGUCGUGCUUAGUUUUUGUUAAAACUCACUUAAUAGUUAAUUUUUUGUUUUAAAACCUUUCUGUAUGCUACAAAAAUAGGAGUUUAUUUGGUUCUUUUUUUGUGCUAAUUUGGUGAUAAAAAUCUUUGUUUAGCUAGUUUUUGUCAUUUUUUUGUUUGGGUAUUACUUAGUUUUUGUUAAAAUCAACUUAAUAGUGAGUUUGUGAUUUAUGAUCAAGGUGUUUUUUUUAUCUUUGAUUUUCCUUCUUAAACCUUAGUAUAUUCCUUUUUUUUAUUUUUUUUAAUAACCUAAAGUUGUGCUUAUUAGCUAAUUUGUUGAAAAACAUCUUUAUUAAGCUGGUUUUUGCCAAUUUCUAAUCUGGGUCUUGAUUAGAUUUUGUUAAACCCCACUUAAUUGUGAGUUGUUACCCUUAAUCACUAGUGAUUAAGGUGGUCUUUUAGUUGAUCCAAAAUGGUGGAUAUAAGUGAUAAAACAAGUGAUCACGAGGUUCAAGAAACUGAAGAAAUGAGUGGGCAAAAUCAAACACCAGAAAGGGUUUCAUUAGAGACUAAUCAGAAAACUUGUGUUGAUUGUGGUACUACAAAAACACCACUUUGGAGAGGUGGUCCUGCUGGACCUAAGUCAUUGUGUAAUGCAUGUGGGAUAAGGAGCAGAAAAAAGAGAAGAGCUCUUCUAGGAUUGAACAAAGAAGACAAGAAAUCAAAAAAAUCUUCAAAUAAGACAAUUGGCCAUCAACAGAACCAGAGUAGUACCAGCAGUACAAGCAGCAGUGGAGAAAGUUCAACUAGUAAUGCAGUAGUGAAGCAGAGUGAAAAGUGCAUUCCUUUUAAAAAGAGAUUAUUGCAUUUUGGUAGAGAAGUAGCAAUGCAAAGACCAAGAUCAAACUCUACACAGAGAAGAAAAUUGGGUGAAGAAGAACAAGCAGCAUUCUUGUUGAUGGCUCUUUCUUGUGGCUCUGUUUAUGCUUAAUGAGUUGUACUAAUGGCACUGAUUGUAGUAUCAAGGUAGAUGCAUAGUUAGAAUCUUUGAUGAUAAAAAAGAGCUUUGAUGAUAAAAAAGUUGGGAGCCCUCAAGAAUAAUGUUUGUACUAAUUGCAGUGGAAGUAGUACUUUUUUAGGUAGGUUGAGCAAAGGUAGGUAUAUGGGAAGAAUCUGGAAUGAUGAAAAGUGCUUAAUCAAAGUUGAGAAUUGGCAUG